AUGGAGAAACGUAAUCAGCGGAAACGCCCCUCAACUCCCCAUCUCAGCUGCGAGCUCUGCCGCGAGCGCAAGAUCAAGUGCGACAAGGUCGAUCCCUGCGCCAACUGCGUCUCGGCAGGCGUGGUCUGUGUCCCUGUCCAUCGGCCACGCCUGCCACGUGGUGUCCAUGCGCGACGAGCUCGCCCAAUGUCCCCAGCGCUCGUGCCCGCACGCUCACCUACCUCUGGUGCCGGUCCGGUAUCUUCAGAGGAAAAGCAGACAGAUGCUUCCUCCGGCGCCGUCGGGCCAGUUCAAGACGACCUCAGGGAACGCGUCCACCGGCUUGAGGCGGUAGUCAACAGCAUGCGUGCGGCCAUGCAGGACCCUUGUCCGGCACCUGUUAGCCAGAUAGAAGACCCUGGUGGCGACGUAGGAUUGAGCUCAAAGACCAAGUCGGAUACGCAUAGCCCGCUAGCACCUAACGUGUUGAAAAUGGAUGACGGCGGGUUCCGUUUCCUUGGCUUGAGUGGCAAUAAUCUAACCCAGACCUGGACUCCAGUCCUCGAAGAUAAAGAAAUGACAAGGCAGUUAUGCCAGAUCUACCUCCAGCAAGUCGACCCCAUCAUUAAGAUCCUGCACCGGCCAAGUGUCGAGAAGUGGAUGUUACAUGGGGAGCAGUACCUCGAUUAUCCGGAGAGGCACGUUGCCGUUGAUGCGUUGUCGUCUGCCAUUUGCUACGCUGCUGUCGCGAGUUUGACCGACGAUCAAUGUCGGGCAAUGUUUCAAAGGAGCAGGUCCAGCGGCAUUGCGGAGGAUUCUCGAAGAGCGUGUGAGGCCGCACUAGAGAGAAGUGGGUUGCUGGCGUCUCCCUGUAUCACUGGCCUGCAAGCAUUUGUCCUUUACCUCAUUGCCAGAAGAUCCGAAAACCGCUGUCAGGCCACAUGGACGCUGACAGCGGUGGCCGUGCGGCUGGCAAAGGCGCUCGGUCUCCACCGGGAGCGAGAUGAGACAUUCUUCAGCCAACAAAUGCGCAGGCGGUUGUGGCUCACCAUCUCACUGAUGGACCUGCAGGCCUCCUUCAGCCAGGCCUCCGAACCGCUCAUCAACACUGAAGAGGCCACCUCCACAUUCUGUCUGCCCCAGCACAUCAACGACUCGGAUUUCAAUCCAACCAUAACCCAUGAAAUUGCAGACAGGGAGGGGCUGUGCGAUACCACAUUUGCGCUGGUCACAUACCACAUCCAGCUAGCAGGGCGGGCCCUGAAUUUUGGCGCCGCGGCAUCACCCCAGCACAAGGCGUCUCAACAGCAACACGCGCAGCGCUUUGAACAGAAUGCGCUCCGCCUGUUGCACUUUUGCGACCCCGAAUCCUCGCCGUACGCGUGGUUCACCUGGCACGGCACGCAAUGCCUCGUCUCUUGCGCUCGACUGUCCGCUCUACGUCCACUCCAGCUCCCGCAACCCAAUAACGGCAGUAGCCAGCCGUCGCCCUCGCCGUCUCCCAGCCCGCAGGAGCACAACCCGGAGCUUCUCCGCCUGGCCCUAAACGUCUUGGAAAAGGCACACCUGAUGCACACAGAUCCCCGCGGCGAGAGAUUCCGCUGGUACGUGACGACACCGUGGCACGUGCUGGCGGUCGCCAUCAACGAGUGCUCCCUCUGCCCGGAUGUGGCCCAAAUCCAGGCCGCGUGGCCCACCAUCGAGGCAUGUUAUCAGCUCCUGCGCCACAAAGGAGUUGCGGGCGAGGAGGAAGCACUCCAGCGUCCACUAGAGAAAUUGAAAUGUCGGGCACAGGACAAGGCGGGCCCUCUUUUGCAGCCCGCAAGACGUAGUCCGACAUUCAGCCUCGGUAGCAGUGCCGUGACAUCUGCUGCACCCACGCCGCACUCGCGGGCCAGCAGCACCCCGAGUGAGACCCUCAGCGACCUGUCCUGGCCGACAGCUUUCUCCCAUGCUCAUUCCCAGCUCGGUGUGGAUUUGGCUCCAGUGGCACCCGUACAGCCGUUGGCCAAACUCGAUCUGGAUUCGUUGUCGUUACAGUUCGAUAUUGAGAACCAGCCGCUGCUUGCGGGCCCGAGCCCUCGAGUGGACGCGGAGCCAUCGUUGCGGACGUGGGAGCAGCUGAUGUCGGAUAUUGAUUAUGCCGAGUCGAACAUGUUUCUUCCUUAG